AUGUCGAGCUCGGCCAUCCUCGAGUCCCAGCCGCCGCCGUCGCCCGUCUCGGCCAACGCCCUCCGCGGCGCCCAUCAAGACCUCAGCGCCGCCCAGGCCUCGGGCGAGGUCGACCACGUCUCCGACCAGCCGCCGACGGCCAACGCGAGCCUCGGCGCCCACAUGCAACCGCCGGGCCAGUCCAUCCUCGUCAAGCGGGAUGCCGACGCCGCCGCCGACCAGAAGAAGACGGCGCCGGCCGACGCCGCCGCCGCCGCCACGUCCGACGCCUCGCCGGCGGCCGGCAACGUGGCCAUGGCCGACAUCAAGGACAUCGACCUCGACGACUUCAUCAAGCGCCUCCUCGACGCCGGCUACGCCGCCAAGGUGACCAAGAGCGUCUGCCUUAAGAACGCCGAGAUCGUGGCCAUCUGCCAGCGCGCCCGCGAGGUCUUCCUCUCUCAGCCGGCCCUCCUCGAGCUCGACGCGCCCGUUAAGAUCGUCGGCGACGUCCACGGCCAGUACACCGACCUCAUCCGCCUCUUCGAGAUGUGCGGCUUCCCCCCGACGGCCAACUACCUCUUCCUCGGCGACUACGUCGACCGCGGCAAGAUGUCGCUCGAGACCAUCCUCCUCCUCCUCUGCUACAAGCUCAAGUUUCCCCAAAACUUCUUCCUCCUCCGCGGCAACCACGAGUGCGCCAACGUGACGAGGGUCUACGGCUUCUACGACGAGUGCAAGCGGCGCUGCAACGUCAAGAUCUGGAAGACCUUCAUCGACUGCUUCAACACCCUGCCCAUCGCCGCCAUCGUCGCCGGCAAGAUCUUCUGCGUCCACGGCGGCCUGUCGCCCGCCCUCGUCCACAUGGACGACAUCCGCAACAUCGCCCGCCCGACCGACGUGCCCGACUACGGCCUGCUCAACGACCUGCUCUGGUCCGACCCGGCCGACAUGGAGCAGGAUUGGGAGGCCAACGAGAGGGGCGUGAGCUACUGCUUCGGCAAGCGCAUCAUCACCGAGUUCCUGGCCGAGCACGACUUUGACCUCAUCUGCCGCGCCCACAUGGUGGUCGAGGACGGCUACGAGUUCUUCAACGACCGCGUCCUCGUCACCGUCUUCAGCGCGCCAAACUACUGCGGAGAGUUUGACAACUGGGGCGCCGUCAUGUCCGUGUCGUCGGAGCUGCUGUGCAGCUUCGAGCUGCUCAAGCCGCUCGACUCGAGCGCCCUGAAGAAUCACAUCAAGAAGGGGCGCAACACGCGGCAGCAGAUGCUCAACAGCCCUGGGGGUGCGACACGCGACGAGUCACGGCACUGCACGACGACGCACGCCCGACCGGAGGAGAUGGUCCUUGGGGCGAUCCCGUUCCGAUUCCAGCAUCGAUGGCGGCGUCCGGCCCACGACGAGUUGGCCUUGGCCGUGUCGGUGCGCUGCCUUUGGAACAGGACAGAGGCACAUCGGCUCGACCGCCGCCGACUGGGUCCACGGGGUGAAAUCCGUCUUGGCCCAUUCGACACCCUCUGCACCACUGCCGGGACGGAGUGUCGAAUCCGAGAGGCGACAUUCUCCACAAAGGACCCUGGAUGA